AUGAAUAUUUCCGCGAAAAGUUCUACUCGCCAGUACCAACUGAACCAUGUUCGCACUGUUCGUCGUCUAAUGAUCCCCUCGCAAACUUUAAAAUAUCGUGAGCUGUCACGCCGCUUCCCUCACCUACGUGGCCUUCCGGUAGAAGAUUUUGAACUCGUUCAGCCACAAUUGCUGAUAGGUCUGGACAAUCUACGACUUUGUGUACCAUUGAAGCUCCGUGAAGGCGGCCCAAAGGAUCCGAUCGGGGCAAAGUGCAGAUUGGGUUGGAGUAUAUACGGAUGUGUUUCUGGAAAUCCGACCACACCAGCCGUCUUAAAUCUACACCUCGGGGCGAUAUCCGAUCCAGAUAGGGAGAUGAACGAACAACUGCGUGAUUACUUCGAACUGGAAAGUUCCGGUGUAAAGAUUCCGAACAGUAUUCUUGACACCGAAGAUGAUAAACGGAUAGCAGACUACGUGCGUAAAGGGUAUGCGCAUCAAGCCACAUUGGAAGAGCUGACGUCUGUUGCACCGGAACGUGUGUGGUAUCUCCCUCUGGGCGUCGUGACCAAUGCUAAGAAGCCAGGAAAGAUCAGAUUAAUCUGGGAUGCGGCAGCCAAGGUUGGUGGAACAUCUUUCAACUCGAACCUUCUCAAGGGGCCAGACCUCUUAACCCCACUUCUGCAAGUUCUCUACCAGUUCCGCCAGUUCCCUGUAGCAGUGUGCGGCGAUUUGAUGGAAAUGUUCCAUCAAAUCAAGAUUCGAUUUCCCGAUUGCCAAUCUCAACGGUUCCUCUUCCGUGAGCACCCAACGGCGAAGCCAAAGGUCUACAUCAUGGACGUGGCCACAUUCGGUUCUACGUGUUCCCCGUCUUCAGCCCAAUUCAUCAAAAAUCUCAACGCCCAAGAGCUCGCUUCAGAGUAUCCUCGCGCAGCUGUAGCCAUUGCAAACAACACCUACGUAGAUGAUUACUUGGGCAGUUUCAUGUCGAUUGACGAAGCGGUGGAGGUCGUAAAUGAGAUAAAGCUGGUGCAUUCCAAGGGCGGUUUCACGCUACGACGCUUCUUAUCCAACGAAGCGGAAGUCUUGCGAGGAAUCGCAGAGUUUGCUGAAGUCGAAGACAAGGUUCUUACUUUGGAGAGAGGGGAGAAGUCAGAAUCGGUGCUGGGAAUCAAGUGGCUGCCGAAAGACGACGUUUUCAUCUAUUCAUUUGCACUUCGAGAUGACCUCAAACAAAUCCUGAACGAGCAGCACAUUCCUACUAAACGCGAGGUCCUCAAAGUAGUAAUGAGCUUAUUCGACCCCCUCGGUUUCAUCUCGUUUUUCUUAGUGCAUGGGAAAAUCCUCAUGCAGGAUAUCUGGGCCCGAGGAACGCAGUGGGACGAAAAUGUUCCGCAUGAUCUCUACGUGCGAUGGCGAGAAUGGACGAAUCUGUUUCCAGACUUAGACAAAGUACAAAUCCCACGAUGUUACUUUCCAUCUUCAUUCCCUAAGAAUCUCGAGAAUCUGCAAAUACAUGUCUUCGUAGACGCGAGUGAGGCUGCUUUCUCUAGCGUGGCCUAUUUUCGCUUGGAAAUGGAUGGAGCGGUUGAAGUUGCUUUCGUUGGAUCCAAAACUAAGGUGGCUCCACUCAAGACAGUCUCAAUUCCUCGACUCGAACUAAAAUCCGCUGUUCUAGGAACACGUCUCCUGAAUUCUAUAUCAAGCCAACACACCUUUCGCAUAGGCCACCGAUACAUGUGGAGUGACGCAGGAGUCUGCCUAGCGUGGAUUCGUUCCAAGGAUCACCGAAAAUAUCACCAAUUUGUUUCCGUACGGGUCGGUGAAAUUCUAAUGUCAACGGAUCCCAGAGACUGGAGAUGGGUUCCAUCAAAAAUGAAUGUGGCUGAUCAAGCAACCAAGUGGAAAGAAGGACCACAACUAUCGAUGCAGAAUCCGUGGUUCCGGGCACCAGAGUUCUUGUACGAACCCGAGAAACAAUGGCCGAAAGAGCGCACUGUCCAGACAACAAGUGAAGACCUUCGAACAGUGCACUUAAACCUUGGGCACUUCUCUCCAAAUCCUGCAAUCAUCGACACAACUCGCUUCGACUCCUGGGCUAAAUUGCUUCGAACCACGGCCUUUACAUUCCGCUAUAUUGACAACUUCAAACGGGACCUAGUCGGUGAACCAUUGGAGCUCAGAUUGCUCACCCAGAAAGAACUCGAACGCGCUGAACGCCUGCUUUGGAGAAUUGCUCAAGCAGAAUCGUAUCCCGAGGAGAUUGCGCUACUUUCCGAAACACAAGGCCCCCCUGAAAGUCGUCACAGUGUCGUCAAGAAGUCCAGCACCAUCUACAAGUAUUGGCCGUUCCUGGAUGAGCAUGGUGUUUUGCGAAUGCGUGGCCGUAUCGGUGCUGCGCCAUUCGCACCGACAGAAGCUAAGUUUCCCACGAUUCUCCCCCGAAAGAACUAUAUUACAUUUUUGAUUGUCGACAGAUAUCAUCGUCGUUUCCGACAUGCAAAUCGGGAAACCAUCGUCAACGAGAUCCGACAACGUUUCGAGAUUCCCAAGCUGAGGUCCCUCGUCUACAAGGUGGCGCAGAAGUGUUCCUGGUGCCAGGUGAUGAAGGCCCGGCCGAAACCGCCGGCCAUGGCACCACUUCCAAAAUUCCGGCUGACAGCAUUCGUGCGCCCUUUCACAUCGGUAGGCUUAGACUAUUUCGGGCCAGUUCUCGUGAAGGUGGGCAGACGCAAUGAAAAACGCUGGGUGGCCCUCUUCACGUGCCUGACCAUCCGUGCUGUACACUUAGAGGUGGUUCAUUCGCUAAGCACGGAAUCUUGUAUAAUGGCAGUUCGCCGUUUCGUUGCGCGUCGUGGUCCGCCGAAGGAGUUCUGGACGGACAACGCUACUUGCUUCCAAGGUGCCAGCAACAUUUUGAAAGAGGAGAUCGCUGCAAAGACCAACGCCCUGGCUCUCACAUUUACCAGCGCCGAAACUAGCUGGAAGUUUAUUCCGCCGGCCACUCCACACAUGGGCGGAGCGUGGGAGAGGCUGGUCCGCUCAAUCAAGGUAGCGAGCGGUGCUAUUUUGGAAGCUUCUCGCAAACCGGACGACGAAACGCUGGAAACCAUCUUCUACGAAGCCGAAGCAAUGGUCAACAGCCGACCACUCACCUACAUUCCGUUGGAGUCGGCCGACCAAGAAGCGUUGACCCCAAAUCACUUUAUAUUGGGCAGUUCAACUGGAGCGAAGAUUCUACCGACGGAACCCGUCGACCACCGAACAACACUCCGCAGCAGUUGGAAGCUGGCGCAAUAUAUAACCGAUCAAUUCUGGACUAGGUGGCUGAAAGAAUAUUUGCCCAUGAUCUCUCGUAGAACGAAAUGGUUUGAAGAAACCAAGGAUCUGGAAGUCGGUGAUUUGGUUAUUAUGCCUGACGGUGGGCUAAGGAACCGGUGGAUCCGAGGUAGAGUGGAGCAAGUAUUUCCUGGACGAGACGGCAGAGUGAGAGAGGCUUUAGUUCGAACGACUUCGGGUACCUUCAGGAAGGCAGCCUCUAAACUGGCUGUUUUAGACGUCGCCGAAAGAUGUGAACCUGAAGCAGUGGUUCCAGAUUUGCACCAAGGUUCACGGGCGGGGGGAUGUGACGACGGGGUCCCUCGUCGCCGCAACACUUCUGCACGCGGCGCUGCACUGGCUGUCACAUCUGACGUACGCGAGAAGAAAAGUCAUCCGUGA